AUAUACCCGACCCGCACCCGAAUAUCUCGCUCACCAUCAACACCUCAUCGAAGAAGCUAUACGGUCCCAUAUAGCGUUUGUAGGAAAAGCCACCGACUCGGAGCUAGGGUUUCUUCAAAGGAUUCGUCUCUCCACUCCUCCAAUGGCGACGGAGACGAAGCCCGCGGCGUCCGAGGACGCGAAGAUCGACCUUUUCGAGGACGACGACGAGUUUGAAGAGUUUGAGAUCGACCAAGAGUGGGAUGAAAAGGAAGAAGGUAAAGAAACUACACAGCAGUGGGAGGAUGAUUGGGAUGAUGAUGAUGUUAAUGACGAUUUCUCUCUCCAGCUUAGGAAAGAGUUGGAGAGCAAUUCCGAGAAGAGUUAAAGUUGCGUGGAGCAGCAUCUAAGCUAUGCAAGAAGGAACUAAUACCAACUAUCCUGCUGUUACUGUUUUUUUGUUUCUCAUCUCCAAAGAACAUUUGAAGAGUCUUUCAAAAUAUUUCCAAGUACUUUGUAUGGGAUUAGUGCUUUGAUUUGGCUGGUACCUUAUGUGACAGUAUACAUUGUUAUGAUAUUGUGGUAGCUACAUGUGGAUCGUUUUAAAAUGUUUAAUUUGUUAUGUAUGUCCAUUUGAGGUGA